CUACAUAGACAUGGAUACAAGUCUAACCCUUCCCCCCUCCACACACACACACACACACACACACGCGCACACGCACACAUCUGGAUGCCAUCAGCAGAGGAAGGGAGUUGUUACCGGCAGCUCUGAGCUCAGAUAACACAAACAGCCUGACCCUCGCAGUGCUGAUACUGCUAAUACAACACCAGUACUACGAGAGCACUACACGAGUACUGCUGCUGUAGUAAAAGAGUACUUUGAUAGUACUACACAGUACUAAAUGAGUACUGGUGCUGUUAAACUAUGGGGCUUUAGAGGAAGAGGAAGACAGCUUUUUUGUUUGAUGGCAUCAGUAAAAAACUGAAAAAGAAAAAGUGGGGUCGAAAGAACUGAAAGAACAAAAACAAAAGAAGAAGGGAAGUGGAGAGUUGAAUUUAAAGAAGAUGAAGCUCUUUGGGAUUCUUCUCUUCGCCUCUCUGCUGUUGUCCAUCUGUGGCGUCUCUCAAACCUCUCGUCCUGCAGACAACUGUUCCAGUAUGUCCUUCCGUCUUCGGGCCUUCAGGCUCCAGGUGAGAUGUAAUGUCACUACCCUGAAGGAGAAGCAGCUGAAGGAGAUCCAGGCCCCGACCACCAACCUGUACCUGCCGGCCCUCUACCUGCUAUCCUUCGUUGUGGGUCUCCCCUCCAACCUGGUGGCUCUGUGGGUCCUGGUCUUCAGAACCAAGCCGCUCCCGUCCACCACGCUGCUCAUCAACCUCACGGCCGCCGACUGCCUGCUGAUGCUGGUCUUGCCGUUCCGCAUGGUGUACCACUUCAUGGGGAACGACUGGAAUCUGGGCGAGCCCUUUUGCCGGGUCGUUAUGGCGAUAUUCUACGGCAACAUGUAUGGUUCUGUGGUGUGUCUGGCACUGGUGGCUCUGGAUCGCUACGUGGCCCUGGUUCACCCGUUUGGCGCCAUGAUGCUGCGCGGCCGGCGGACCUCCCUGUGUAUGACGGCGGCGGUGUGGGCAGUAAUCCUGGCGGCCAUGUUGCCUCUUCUGAUUAGCCAGCAGACCUACGAGCUGGAAGAGCUGCAAAUCACCACAUGCCACGACGCACUGCCGGAAGAGGAGCAGGACCGCUUUUUCCUGCCCUACUUCUGCACCUUGUUCGCCCUCUGCUUCCUUCUGCCCCUCUUAGUGGUGCUAUACUGCCACGGCGCUGUGCUGCACUCGCUGCUGGCAGAGGGGAAGCGGUACGGCCAUGCCGUCCGUGUCACAGUACUGGUGCUGCUGGUAUUUGUUGUAUGUCUUCUACCUAGCAACAUCCUACUGCUGCUCACCUACACAGACGGCGAGGAUCUCUAUGUGCCCUACACCGUUAGCUUAGCCCUUAGCACCUUCAACAGCUGCAUCGACCCCUUCAUCUUCUAUUUUGUAUCGGCAGAGUUCAGGGAGAAGGCUCGGAACGCUCUGUGUUGCCGUGACGACGCAAAUGACAGACGGUCUCAUAUGGCCAACAAGGUGUCGUACUCCUCAUCAUCAUCACGCCUCGGGACAAAGGUCACUAUUCUGUCCAGGUCCAGUCAGGGCAAGUUGUCAGAGACCACAUGAGGAGACAAUUAAUCUGCAUUUGAUUUACUAAAUUGAAUUCGUUCAUUCAUUGAAUUUUUGGACCAUAAAAUGUCAGAUUUACGCAGACUCUGGACAGAUUGUUUUGUUUGAACUGAAACAUUAUUCAUGUCUUCAAACAUUUUACUUGAAUAUGAAACCGGCCUGUGUCCAUGUGAAGGGGUUAUUGAUCAUGAAAUGUAUUGACUAUUAUCAUAAUGAGCCCAUUUAUUUACACAUUAAUAGAAAUGAUUGUUUGUUACAUGAAUGUUGGUUGCAUAAAUACUGAGCAUCACAUAUUUAGGGGACACUGUUGAAUUACUUAAUGAAAAACCAAGUUAAACAAAUCUGCUUUGAAUGUAAACCAAUUCAAUACUUUAAAAAAUAAACAUUUCAAACAUUGUUUUACACGAGU